CCUGGUUGGUCUGCCUCGAGCGUCCCGCGCAUUCUGCGGCUAUUAAAGCAGGACUUUGAGCACCGAAAGGCACAUUUCUUUCGCGUUAUCACUUUGGGAAGAAGUAUCAAGAUGAGCGGAAGAGGCAAGACCGGCGGCAAGGCCCGAGCAAAGGCCAAGACUCGUUCCUCCCGUGCCGGACUGCAGUUCCCGGUCGGUCGCGUCCACAGGCUGCUGCGGAAAGGCAACUACGCCCAGCGCGUCGGCGCCGGCGCCCCCGUCUACUUGGCGGCCGUGCUCGAGUACCUGACCGCUGAGAUCCUGGAGUUGGCCGGGAACGCAGCCCGCGACAACAAGAAGACCAGGAUCAUCCCCCGUCACCUGCAGCUGGCCGUCCGCAACGACGAGGAGCUCAACAAACUCCUGGGCGGAGUGACCAUCGCUCAGGGCGGCGUGUUGCCCAACAUCCAGGCCGUGCUCCUGCCCAAGAAGACCGAGAAGGCAGCCAAGUCCAAGUAAAAGUCCACUCCGACGGCCCACUA